CUCGUCACUUUCUUCUGACUUUUACACGACAACAACCACCUGGAACACGUCUAUUCAGCCUAUCGCGUAGCUUCCUGCUCUCAGCCUUAACUUCCACUUGAUCGGCUACUGAAUCAAACUUCCUGCACGUCAUCGUCCUGGAAGCCUCCUCUUGUUAGCUAUCAACACACCCCUUUGCGCGCGCCGCUCAUCGUCGCUUGUCGCAAGCGGGAACCACCUCAAAAACUCAAUCCCAAAACAAGGAACACGAGCGCGCGCUUGUCUGCCAUACUCUUCCUCUUCGUCUUCGGGGUUGGAGUUUUCCAAGACGCCUACACUACACUAUACAUCUCGCGACCUCCUUGAAGACUGUGACCUGCGCUUCAGAUCAUCUAAUCAAGAUGCUGCUACCUUCAGCCUUUGGUUGUGACUUGUCGCAACUUCCACAAACACGACCUCAGCAACCUCUUUUCGUCUCACCUCCUGCCAGCCCUAAACAAGCGCCUGCUUCAGCUGAUCUGAAUAAUCUCUUUACCACGUCUCGGUCUCUGCAGUUUCUCAUGACCUCCUCCGAUCCGUUCCUCGAGCACAGCAGCAUGAGCCCGGCGAUCGCAACGCAGCCUAUUACUCCCCAAACGAUAUCCCAUGGGCAACUACUCACCCCGCCCAUGUCUCACGCGAUGCCUCCGGUGAAGCUACGUUUGCGCGCAAGGAAAACCUCCGAGUCAUACGGAUCUAGGAAUGCCGACCAGCCUUCCCAGCGCAAGCGCAUCAUCAAGCGGCCACCUCCGUUAAAGGGGCUCAAUAGGCGCCACCGCGCACUGGACGACAAACGUGGACGAGAAGAAAGCAAUGAACAAGACUCAGAUCAAUACCAAGAUCACGACGGGAACCAGCACAACAAUCAGCUGCAACAAGCUCAACAGCAGCCGCAGCGGCAAACGCAACAACGACAACGAGUGACGACGCCUUCUGUACCACCCCAGUUGCUACCACCAUUUGGCAGCCGACCACAAACCCCCCCACGGUCGCGCAUAGCUCCAGAAAUCAUCCCUCUUGGGCUCGACCAUUCGGACUAUGACGCGCUCCACGCCGACAAUGCGAACGAGAGCCAACAACAAGCUACCGCGCCAGGAACCGACGUAAUUGUAGAAGAUGGAGAGCCGUGGAGCUCCGAGGAGGAUAGUAUUCUUGUUGAGCUAGUGCUGGACAAGCUCAAGCUUACAAAAUCCGAUUGGCAAGAUUGCGCUCGCAGCAUGGGAAAAGACCGCAAGAGCGUGGGAACGCGAUGGAAAAGCUUGAUGGUCAGUGGAGACGUGGGCCUCAAAUCCAACAGCAGUCGACGGAGUGGGAUUCACGGAACCUGGCGUUGAGAUUUCCCAUGUCUUCUUUGCAACUUUCUACUUUGUCAUAUUCCUUGCCACUACUAAUUUCUGCCGUGGGGCCUGAUUUAUUCACGUUGCUAAUUUUACUUACUGCUAUACUCGUUGACGUGGGAACCCAGGGAUUUUAGGGAAAUGAGGACAGGCUGCAGUAAGACUUUUCAUCAUCAGGACCAUCUACACAUGCAUUCUUGGGCGUUGGAGGUUACUUUUCUGUUGCCGUUUACAACUUUGCUUUUGAGGGAAGAGACUGGCCAGCUUUCAUGGAUGGGGCGUACAAAUCUGACACCAGACAGAUCAGCCACACGGACAAAAUAUUUGCUUACUCCUUAUUAGAGCUACUAGGACAUAUCAUGGCUGGGAGAUGUUUCUCCUACGUCUUUUGUUGUUCAACAACGCGCAAUCCACGUUGCUUUUCCACUCAAACGACUGUCGCUUCAUCCACUGUGCCGCUCCUUGGUGUUUACGUCCAUGUUUCACCAACCCGUUGUUCCGAAUCUAGUUCCAGCUCGUCGUGGCUACU